AGGUGAACAACUUUUGAAGAAGAGCGACGAUCUGUGCUGUUAUUUAUACGCUCGUAUUCGUAAUAAGACAUUUGCAGCCAAACCCUCUGAGGGAUUACACAGACAACCAAACCAUCUGUAGAUUUUCUUGGACAAACGGUCCAGUUUUAGCGUUCGUGGUUAAUCUGGCUAACUCUGUUAGCCCAUCUGGCUAACGUUGAUGCACCUAACUAGUAGCUAACACAUUAACUCAUCACUUCCUGUGUAACUUCGGAGCAGAUCAAGUCAAUAUGCAAGACUUACUCGCUAACGUGGACCACAUCAAGUUUGAUCUGGAGAUCGCUGUGAGACAACAGCUCGGAGCUCAGCCUCUGCCUUUCCCCGGCAUGGACAAGUCUGGAUCCGCUGUAUGUGAGUUCUUCAUGCGAGCAGCUUGUCAGAAAGGCGGAAUGUGCCCCUUUCGUCACAUCAGCGGAGAAAAGACUGUGGUUUGUAAACAUUGGCUCAGAGGACUGUGCAAGAAGGGUGACCAGUGCGAGUUUCUUCAUGAAUAUGACAUGACUAAAAUGCCUGAAUGCUAUUUCUAUUCCAAAUUUGGUGAAUGCAGCAACAAAGAAUGUCCUUUCUUACACAUUGAUCCAGAGUCCAAAAUUAAAGAUUGUCCUUGGUAUGACAGAGGCUUCUGCAAACAUGGGCCUGACUGCAGGCACCGACAUACAAGAAGAGUAAUAUGUGUAAAUUACCUUGUGGGAUUCUGCCCGGAAGGAAAGUCAUGUAAAUUUAUGCAUCCUCGUUUUGAGUUGCCAAUGGGAGCUUCAGAACAGCCACCUCUCCCGCAGCAAGGCCAAAACCUAACUAAAGUAAGCACAUUUAUUAAGCUAAUGGCACGUAGUACAGAAAUACUUCAUCUCCCAAAUACCCAUUCAUUUUCACAGGUUGUUUCCUCUGCGGGUCGCUCCUCACUUUCUUUAAUUCAGUUGACCAACUCCAGUCCAGGCCCACGGACACAAAACAACAUGACAUCUGUGGCACAGCAGAGUAAUAUGUUGGCCCGAGGCCCUCGGCCACUGGACCAGGUCACUUGCUACAAGUGUGGUGAGAAGGGACACUAUGCCAAUAAGUGCACUAAAGGUCACCUCGCCUUCCUGAGUGGGCAGUAGAGUCAACCUCACAUCUUCAACAUCAGUGCAAAGCUGCGCCGACUAAGUGGCAGCAAACUCACAAAUCUGAAGGACUUAUCGCUGCUGAACACAUAACCAGGAGGCAGCAAAGAUUUUGCAACACGAUCCACAUUAUGUGUUAACAUUGUGCCAGUUAUUAAAAUCAGAUGUCUACAGAAGAUAAUCUGUAUGUACACGGAAAUGUUGGAACAAAACUGGAGAGUUGUGGGUCGGUCAUGGUCGACCUUUUGUGUGGACUGAUAUUGUAAGUACUUUCAGACUCUUUAGUUACUUGAUUUCCCAGCUACAACUGCAAAAUUCAAACCUUGUGUAUAAGCUGUAGUGUGGGAAGUAAAAAUAAACAAAACUGGGCCUUUUUACGGC